AUGCGAAAACGAUAUCUAGAUGCAAUGACCCUUGUUCAAAGAUACGGCAAGCCUGAUUUAUUUCUAACCAUGACAUGCAAUCCAAACUGGCUAGAGAUCAGAGCAGAGUUAAAGCAACAUGAAGAAGUACAAAACAGGCCAGAUUUACUGUCAAGAAUAUUCCGAAGUAAAUUUCACUAUUUAUGCAAAGAAGUUGUCAAAAAAGAGCUCUUUGGCCCGGUAGCAGCCUAUACAUUUGCAACUGAAUUCCAAAAACGAGGGCUGCCGCAUGUACAUAUGCUAAUAGUGCUUAAAGGCGCCUACAAAAUAAGCACUGUUGACCUGGUUGAUUCUUUCAUUUCAGCUAAAAUACCAGACAAAGAUCAGCAGCCACAUUUGUAUGCAAUGGUCCUCAAGCAUAUGCUUCAUGGACCUUAUGGAGAAUUGAAUCUCCAAAAUGCAUGCAUGCACAAUAAUAAGUGCAAAAACCACUAUCCAAAAAAUUACUGUGCGGAAACUACCAUAUGUCCAGAUGGCUAUCCAAUAUACAUGAGGCGACCAAAUGGCGAAGAAGCAACAAUACGUGGCCAUAAGCUGGACAAUAGAUGGGUAGUGCCAUAUAAUCCCACUCUCCUGGCUAUGUUUGACUGCCACAUCAACAUUGAGGUUUGCUCUACCGUCAAAGCAGUCAAAUAUUUAUACAAAUACAUCUACAAAGGGUAUGAUAAGAUUAUGUAUCGUUUAGCCACCACAGACGAAGCACAGGGCAUAGAUGAAAUCAAGCAAUUCCAAGAUGCAAGAUGGAUUUCCCCACCAGAAGCAAUGUGGAGAAUCUAUCGACUGCCUUUGUACGAGAUGCAACCAGCUGUUAUAACUCUACAGCUGCACUUAGAAAAUCGCCAACCAACCAACUUCAACGACAACACUAAUUUACGAAAUAUAGCAGGAAAUACAUUCAUGCAGCGGACAAUGCUUACUCAGUUCUUUUGGAUGAAUGCCAAUGAUAAAAAAGCAAAGCACCGAAAACUAAUAUACCAAAAUUUUCCUGAAGAAUAUGUAUGGGACAGCCAAACAAGAGCAUGGCAUGAACGACAACAAAAAGAGGUCAUUGGCAGAAUCGCAACUGCAAAUCCAAAAGAAGGAGGAAGAUAUUAUUUAAGGCUUCUGCUAGCUCAUUGA